CCCAGCAUGUUGGGUUUGGUCUGAAUGCGGACACGUAAACGGUGCACAGGGCACCCACGUCGUCCCGUUCCUUCUUUCUCCCGUGCCGCGGUGCGUUCUUCGCUUCCCAAGGCCUUUCAUUGCUUUUGAUCCAACAACCAGAGCCAGUGCUUCUUCUCUUCUCUAGAUUCAAGAUGAGCAAUGGUUUUCUUCGCGCUUCCUCCUUCCUCCUUUCCCGCCAUGCAUCUCCUCAACCUUCCCUGUUUAUCGGUGUUCGUUUCUACGCCAGCGAUACACCACCGGAUCAUCAUCAUCGUUCUCAACAAGAUCAGCGCUGCCCAGGGCCACUUACUCUUUAUAGGAGCAUGGUUAAGCAAGGGAAACUGCAACAUGAUGUUUAUCAAGAGAAGGUCGCGUUUGAAUUGGAAGAUUUGCUUGUAAAAUUGGGGCAGUAUGAGAAGGAGAUGGAAGAGUACCAUAAAGACUUGGCCAAUUGGGAAAAUAAAAGAGAGAUCGAGAGGCGGAAGCUUUUGUUGGAGGAAGCUGAGCUUAAACAGCAUAGUGGUGUGUGGGGAGAAACCAACAGUGGUGGAAGUAGGUUUCUUGACAAAUGGCUUUCAAGGAGAAGACGUGUGAACGUAGAACCUGGAGUUGGAAAGAUGGUCUCAUAUCUUAAUCGAGAGAAGAAGUUGGAUUCAGUAGUUGGUCGUCAGCCAGUUACUCCUGUGGCGCCAAAAGGAAUAUACUUAUAUGGAAAUGUUGGAACUGGGAAGACUAUGCUAAUGGACAUGUUCUAUAAUGCCACUAAAGGUGUUGUUAGGCAUCGCCGGCGAUUUCACUUUCAUGAGGCAAUGCUUGAAAUACAUGAACAUAUGCAUGAGGUAUGGAAAAAUCAGAUUGAAGAUAGAACUGUAACCUCAAGCAUUUUCAGUUGGAUAGAAAAUCUUCCCUUUGAUAUGAAAGUGAAAGAAUGGUUGAUUGGGGAAGAGAGAUAUAGGCAAAAGGCACAACUGAAACAUAUUCUUCCAGCUGUAGCUGACAAAUUUCUUGUUGACCGGCAAGCUAAUAAGAGAGGGGCCAGCCUUCUUUGUUUUGAUGAAAUACAGACUGUUGAUGUAUUUGCUAUUGUCGCCUUAUCUGGAAUUGUAAGCAGAUUAUUAAGCACUGGGACUGUACUUGUGGCUACAAGUAACAGAGCACCUGAGGAUUUGAAUCAGGAUGAAAUGCAGAAGGAAAUCUUUGCAAAGUUUGUCUCCAAUUUAGAGAAGAAUUGCUCAAAUAUUCUCAUUGGAAGUGAGGUUGACUAUCGUCGCCUCAUCCCAAAUAGAAAAACAGACCAAGUUUAUUACUUCUCCCCCGAAGAUUCUGAUUGUCAAAGAAAAUUUGAGAAAACGUGGUGUAAUCUCAUUACACAAUCUGGAGCAGUAAUCAUUUCUGAAACUAUUCCUGUGAUGUUUGGGCGAUCCCUGGAAGUACCUGAAAGUUGUAAUGGGAUUGCAAGAUUUGAUUUUGAGUAUUUAUGUGGCCGACCGGUCGGUGCAGCAGAUUAUAUUGCAAUAGCAAGGACCUAUCAUACAGUGUUUAUAUCAGAUAUUCCUGUAAUGAGUAUGCGCAUACGUGACAAGGCACGGAGGUUUAUCACCCUUAUUGAUGAAUUGUACAAUCACCACUGCAGCCUUUUUUGUUCAGCAGCAUCUUCUAUUGAAAAUCUCUUUCAAGGAACUGACGAGGGAACACUUUUUGAUUUGGAGAGUUUUCAGUUUGAAACUGAGGCAGAAGGUGGGAAACUACGUCGUGAUGUUUUAGCAGCAGGCAGUGUAGGCUCAGGACCUGCAGUUCCUGGAAUAGUAUCUUUAUUAUCUGGUCAAGAAGAAAUGUUUGCCUUUCGCCGUGCGGUUUCUCGCUUAAUCGAAAUGCAAACACCCUUAUACGCUGAAGGAGUCGGACUUCAUCAUCCUUUUUUCCAACAUAGCAGACAACAGAUGUUGGGUCAUUCUGGUCCUGCAAAAUCUAAUCCAUCUGCUUACAGCCCAUUUUAGCAUCCUUUUCACAUACCAAUAGUUUGAAGAAAUUUAGUCUCCAAGUACUUGGGAGCCUUUCCUGUUCUCUAAACAGAAGUUCCUGCAUAUUCAAGCCGGGUACAGUUGGCAACAUCUAAAAGUGAAGAGUGUGGUGUUUCUGGAAAGCCUGAAGGCACCAUCUGCAUACAAAAUGUCCAAUUUCUCUAUUCAUUUGUGCGGUUUAGAGUUAUAUAAUGAAUAACCUCAUGUACGCAGAUAGUUGCUGUUAGCCAUUAGCAUCAAAUAAAAGCAAUGAAAUGUCAUUUUCUUAAAAAAAAAAACAGAA